AUGAAGAACUUGAAGAUUUUAAGAUGUUGUAACCUCAUUGGUUUUCGAAAUCAACACCUUUUUGCUAUAGCUGUUGCUUUACCAUUGCUUGAAGAGCUCGAUAUCCAAUCUGAAUGCUAUAUCCAAUCCGAAUACAAUUAUAAUCUGUGGGCUGCAGAAUUUAAAAGUGCAAAGUACAUGGUAACUGAUGCUGGGAUUGAGGUAUUAUCGCGCAAGCUUCGAGGGUUGCGUAAAAUUAAUAUGAAUAGGCUGGUUGGUUGUUCUGAUCGAUCUCUCAUUGCUUUGUCAUCAAAUUGUCAACUUUUGAAUGAAAUUCGAUGUUCUUUCUGCAAAGUAACCGAACAUGGAAUUUGUUUUGUACUACGCCAUAGUCGAAAUUUGGUUUGUCUCAAAACAAGACUCUAUUGCAGUUCACCAGAUGAUUCGUUCACUUUUGAGAAUUCCAUGAUUUAUGCAACAUCUUUACGCGAUCUCGACUUAGUAGCAUCCGGAGAUAAUGACAGACUAAUUUGUUCAAUUGCAACAGCAGGCAUUCCAUUAGAGAAGUUCAUAUUGCACGAUGAUUCUGGUUUGAGCUUACAUGGACUCGUGACUUUCUUAGGUGCAUGUCCGUCUUUGACACACUUAGAACUGUGUGCUAUACAAUUCCUCAACGACAAUUCCAUGAGGGAUUUAUGCCAAUAUCUUCCUAAUCUUAUCUCCAUAACAAUUUAUGCGUGUCCAAAGUUAACUGCUACAACCUUCUUCAUCCUUGCAAAAGAAUGUCCCGUCCUUUCAGAAAUUAAACUGCAACAUACUGAUCUAGAAGUAGAGGAUGAUUUUGAUAUGGAAUUAGAAAGGAAUUAUCAUAUUAGAUCUUUGGAGUUAAGUUAUGGGCGUGUGAAUGACGAAUUCCUGACAAAAAUAGGGGUUGUUUGCCCCAACUUACAGACUCUUACUGUUUGA